AUGGCCGACGGACAGCAGCGAGCGCUGACCACGGCCUUUGCUCCACCACCUCCGUUAUGGAAACAUUUCACGCCAGACAACCUCAAAAAGCUGGAACAGAUCAAGAAAGAAGCGUCUAAGGGCGAGGAUGGGAAACCACAGAAGAAUAAGUGGACCGCUACGGAAUUGCGCUCGCUGGACCUCCCCCCAGAGCUGCGUCUCCUCGUGCCUCCCGACAUUCCUACGUCAGGACAAUACAGUGUUUUCGGAGAGGUCCAAAAUCUUUCAACCGCCCUCCCCGAGUUAAAAGACCAAGGCAUCACCCAGCUUUACCCCUCUUCCGGCGGGGAAGCCGACCGCGAACCGUCUUCCGAACCAGCGCGACCGUUGAACCACGCCCACUACCUCCUCAAAAUCAGCAAGUCCCUCCUUCUCAACUUCCUCGAGUUUGUCGGCGUACUCUCGGUCACGCCUGAGCAAUACGAGUCCAAAGUGGAGGACCUGCGCAACUUGUUCGUCAAUGCGCAUCACCUGUUGAACCUUUACCGGCCGCACCAAGCCCGGGAGUCCCUGAUUACAAUGAUGGAAGAACAACUGAGUCGCACCCGGGAGGAGAUUCAAGAGAUGGACAAGCUCAAGGCCGAGGUCACGAGUGCGCUGGACCGACUCAAGGCCCAAGGAAUCGACGUGGAUGCUACUGUCGACGAAGAGACCAGGAAGGCCACAGCAGCCGCCAAGCCACCGCAGGACAACUCGAAGCUAAUCUGGGAUCUGUUGGACGACGCCAAUUGA